UCUACAUAAACACUGUUAAACAAAAGUCUAACGGAUGGAAGAAGAGCUAAAUUAUUCUACAGUGGUUUUCAAAAAUCCCAUUGUUUCUUUACAGAAUGAGAAAAAAGAGGAAGAGACAGUAUAUGCCGCGAUAAAGGCUGAGGGAAGUUCAUCCACUCAUCAAAGUCCUGCCAUAGGAGAGGACAACAGCCCUGCGCCCCACUCUCAGCCCUGUCGUGGUGUGGCAGUGUGUCUGGGGGUUCUGUGUGUCCUCUUGGUUUCAGCCAUCGUAGGCCUCAGCGUCUUCAGCACUGAACUCUCAGAGCAAAAGCAGUAUCUGAUGAAUCUCAACAGCAAUCUGAGUACAGCAAUUCAAAUUUUGCAAAGUUAUAAUAGCAAUAUUAGCACUGCAAACCAAGAUUUAAUGUCUGACAAAGAAGAGUUGACACAAGAAAGAGACAGACUGAAGACAAAUCUUCAGGUCAUAUAUCAGCUUCAUGAUUUUCCUGUCAAUCAAUAUUGUUCCAAAACAAAUGGCAGUGUGACAAAGUGCAACCCAUGUAAAUUUGGUUGGAUGUUAUUCCAAUCUAGUUGUUACCUGAUUUUUUUCCCUGAUGCACCUUGGAAGACCUGGACUGAAAGCAGAGAGGAUUGUAAAAAAAGAGAAUCAGAUUUGGUUGUUAUUAGCAGUCAACCUGAACAGGAAUUUAUUUCCAACCAAACACAAUCCUACUAUGAUGUAUUUCAUGGGUACUGGAUUGGCUUGUCUUACCAAGCUAACAAUCAGUCAUGGAUGUGGGUUGAUGGAAGUGUUCAGGGUCUGAAGAAAGGGUAGGCCCAAAACAUUUUAAUCAAUGAUAACACAAUCCAAAAAACAAUUAAUUUGUCAAAUUCAAUCAGAUAUAAACAAUGGAUUUCAUAAUUUGAUCCCUGCAAAUGCUGGAAUACUGAUGUGCCCAUAAGUUUGCAUACCUUGGCAGAAAUUAUGAGAUUUUGGCAUUGAUUUUGAAAAUAUGAUUGAUCAUGCAAUCUUUAUUUAAGAAUAGUGAUAAUAUGAUAUUAUCACACUUUUGUCUGGCUCAUUUUUAAAUCAUAAUAAUAACAGAAAUCACCCAA